UAAAAUAUGGAACGUCCAAGCGGAAAUCAAGGCGAGCUCUCCCUAAUCGAAAUCGUCGAGAGUUUUAAUAAACUUGACGGACGAAGAACGCCGGAACCAUCGUCUUCUGCAAGUGUAGCGAUCGCUUUGGACGAAGAAAAGAACCGCCGUCAGGAGUGUGAAAAAGUUAUCCAACAGUUGAACGCGGAAAUAUCUGAAUUAAAACAGGAGAAUGCAGUCGCGAAAGCAGGCAUCCAGCGUAAGGAUUCCCUGCUCAUGCAAGCCCAGCAACAGUGGAAAACUUUGAAAAUCGAUUGGGAGCAGAGACUUGAAUUGGUCAAAGAUGAGAAGGAUCGCCUCAAUACCACGGUAACUCGAUUGGAAGGACAAUUACAGAUUUCCAUUGCCGAGGCCCGGAAGAGUUGUGCGGAACUGCAAACAGUCACGCGACAGAAAGACGAGAUGCUUCAUAAUUUUCAAGAGGAAAACUCUCGGUUAAAAGAGAAAUACGAACAAAGCCAAUCUCAGCUACGCCAGAUAAUGGUGGAGUUUGACGACAACAAGAAGGAGCUCAAACGCAACGAGAUGAAAAUGGAUGAAUUGAAACGGGACAACCACAAGUUAAAGGGUCAGAUCGAAGAUUUGAAAAGGGAAAAGAACAAGUUGAUCGCCGAACUGGAAUUACUGCAGCAGCAAUUUGAAAGCAGCCAGGAGCAAAAUGAAGCUUAUUGCCGCGCUCGAAUUCAAGAGGCUACCCAGAGCGCCGAGGAGGAAGCGAAUCGACGUCUACAGAUUUGGCAGCAUGAGGUGGAUUCCAAAAUGAGCCAUUUAAUCACUACCCUGGAACAACAGUUGGGCAUCCUUAAGGCCAAGAGUAUAGCUGAAGCUGAAGCCAAGGAGGCCCGCCAUCAAGAAGAAGUUCAGAAAUUAAAACAAGAAAUUAAACAUCACAAGACAGAACACCAAGAUCUUACCAGGAAAAUGCGGGAACUCGCCGAGGCACAAUGGAACACGAUUAACAGGAUAACAUCUUCGGACCUUCUCUUGCGUUUUAGGAACACGUCAAACAGCUUCGUCGUUUGUUUCCAGCGAAAUCUCGGACGCCACUUUGCCAGUGAGUAAUGGCCAAGACGAGUUUCUUCAUUUCCACAGCAAGAGACACGGCCCUAAAGAUGCGAAUGAGCCGUCGUCGAGGCGGAAGAAAUAAUUUUAACCGUGUGGAAAUGAUGCGUACGUCUUCACCAUAGAGGUGGGAAUAAAAGUAAAUUUUCUGUAUAUUUUAUAUAAGUGCCAGACUUAAACAUGAGAAAGGACAUGUGAAAGGAGAGAGGGCUCAUUGCUAAACUUUUCUGUUGGGCACACAUGUAGUAGUACUCUGUUACAAAAAUGGGAUACGAAAUGGAUGAAAAUACAUAACACAUUUGAAAAGAGA